AUGCAAGGAUUCAUGCAAGAGGUGGCCACACCAGGCAAGUAUACAGGAGUCAACAAUGAUGUAGGUGGUGAUAUAGGGGCCUACAAUGAUAAAGGUGGUGAUAUAGGGGCCUGCAAUGAUAAAGGUGGUGAUAUAGGGGCCUACAAUGAUAAAGGUGGUGAUAUAGGGGCCUGCAAUGAUAAAGGUGGUGAUAUAGGGGCCUACAAUGAUGUAGGUAGUUAUAUAGGGGACUACAAUGAUGCAGGUGGUGAUAUAGGGGCCUACAAUGAUGUAGGUGGUUAUAUAGGGGCCUACAAUGGUAAAGGUGGUGAUAUAGGGGCCUACAAUGAUGUAGGUGGUUAUAUAGGGGCCUACAAUGAUAAAGGUGGUGAUAUAGGGGCCUACAAUGAUGUAGGUGGCGAUAUAGGGGCCUACAAUGAUGUAGGUGGUGAUAUAGGGGCCUACAAUGAUAAAGGUGGUGAUAUAGGGGUCGACAAUGAUAAAGGUGGUGAUAUAGGGACCUACAAUGAUGUAAGUGGUGAUAUAGGGGCCUACAAUGAUAUAGGUGAUUAUAUAGGGGCCUGCAAUGAUGUAGGUGGUUAUAUAGGGGCCUACAAUGAUGUAGGUAGAUGUAUAGGGGCCUACAAUGAUGUAGGUGGUUAUAUAGGGGCCUACAAUGAUGUAGGUGGUUAUAUAGGGGCCUACAAUGAUAAAGGUGGUGAUAUAGGGGCCUACAAUGAUGUAGGUGGAUGUAUAGGGGCCUAA